AUGGCGACGCUCGAGCAGCUGGCCCAGGCAUUCCAGGAGGUGCGCCAGCAGCUCAACGGAGAGCGAGCAGCACGGCUCGCAGCAGAGCACACGGCGGGCGGCGCAGGAGCUGGACCGCAGAGAGGAACUCGGAUCGACGGCGGGCAGGAGCAGCACAUCGACCCGCGAGUGCUGAACAAGUGGCCGAUCUUCAACGGCAGAGACGAAGCCUGGCAGGAGUGGUCCUUCAUCAUCGAGAGCGUGUGCGGAAUGGCAGAUCCAGGGGACACCCUCGACGCAGCAUCGAGAGACCUGACGGACCUGAAGUUCAGUGUGUUCAGUCCAGAACAGCAGCAGAGGGCCAAGCAGCUCUACUUCCUGCUGGUCAACACAGUCAGGGGCAAGGCACUGACGUUGGUGAGAGGCGCGGAGAAGCAUAAUGGCAUCAUCGCGUGGAAGAGGAUCAAAGCUAAGUACGCGCCAGACGUCGGAGGGAGACACACCGCACUGCUGAUGGGGAUGUUGCAGCCAGGCUGGGACCAUAAAGCGACACGCCAGGAGUUCACGAACGACUUGACGGAAUGGGAAACCCGCAUCACAGAGUACGAGACGGAACGCACCGAGACGGUCAGCGACGCGAUGAAAAUCGCAGUGUUGGCAAGCCAUGCUCCAAAAUCAUUUCGAGCAAUGGUGAGACUGGUCACAGGGCCAGCGACCGGACGCUGUAAAGAAGUGCAGCAGAGCACCCGAGAGUACCUCCAGUCCGGCAGGACCUUCAACAAGAACGGCAGGAGUGUCGGAGUCGAUAACCAGAUGGGACCUGCACCGAUGGACGUCGACGCAGCUUACAACAGCUGGAAAGGUGGCGGAAAGGAUCGCGGCAAAGGCGGCAGUGGCAACGGCAAAGUCGAAGAGAAGCCAGCGACGGCGGUCAUCGAGGAGGUGAAAGCGGACAACGACAACGAGUACGGGUGCACGCUGUGCGAGCACUGGGACGACUACAACGACGUAGAGGACCAGCACGAGGACACAGGCGAGCACGACGAGGGUCCAGAGGUGCACCCCUGGGAGAUCGAAGCCCACGAGUGCGAGGAUAGCCACGCGCAUGAGCACGAGGGCCAGGUCGAGACCAUCAAUGACGACGAGGUCGAGUCGCCAGAGGUUCAGAGCCACGACGACCAAGAGGACGGCGACCAGAGCGACGAUGGCGACAAGUGGGUGUUCAAUGUGUGGAGAGAAGGCCUUGACCAGGCAGGUGACGAGUUUCUUCCCUUGGACAGCGCUUGCGAGGAGCACACCUGCCCGUGGGACUUCGCCGAAGAUGGAGUCGAUGUCGGACCUGGUGGAGUUCGGCUUCGAGGCGCGAACGGAGACAAGAUCCCGUCAGGCCGAAAUAUCAUUGUCGAGUAUGCGGUGCUGGACAUCAACGCGAUCAUCGACGCCAAGACGCCGUUCGUGCAGAGCGAUGUGAAGAGAGCGCUCCUGAGCGUCGGCAAGCUCGCGAGGCACGGCAUCGACAUGUACUUCAAGAAAGAUGGCCCGUGGAUGGAGAUCGACACCGACCGAGGACGAGCGAAGGUUCCAGUGCACAUGAAGGGACGCGACGCAGUUGGCGCCAGGGAGCGCGGCAACAUCAAGUCCAGCAGCGGCUUCGAGCUCAGCGGCAGCAGCGGCGCCACAGCGAAGCUCGAGCUGCAGAUCAGGGAUGAGAAGUGGCUCGAGGAGCGCGCGAGGCCGCGGUGCGCGUGGUGCGCCAUGGGCAAGGGCAGGGCCAAGCCGCGCGAGCAGAGGCCAGAGGAGACGAAGAAGCUACCAGAGUUCGAGAUGGACUUCUGCAACCUGGUGCAGGACCCGAAGGGGAGGCACAACCCUGGAGACCAGGCCUGGGCGACGACGCCGGCAUUGGUGGAUACGGCAGCGCAGAACCCCAUGGUAAUAGCAGUCCCGACGAAGUCUGCCGAGACGAACUACAUCUCAUCAACCUGCACGUCCUUCGUCAAGCGGGUGGCCUACCCGAAGGCGAUACUCAAGGUAGACCCUGAGCAAGCGCUGGGAGUGAUCGCAGAGAAGGUAAGGCAGAAGUGCCUGACCGACGGGAUCAAGCUCGAGAUCAAGAAGACGCCGAGGCUCAGCAGCCAAAGCGUGGGACGGUAUCACGCGAAGGCGAACCACAGAACAGCGCACGAGGACAGCUACGGCAAAGCGUACCAGGGAGAAGUUCUGAAGUUCGGAGAAGCGGCGCUCUUCAAGUUAUCGGUCACGGCGACGGGCAAACUACGAGGUGGAGUUAGACAAGGACGCGUUGACGCCAGGUUCGAGAGAGGGAUCUGGUUGGGCAAGACGAUCGAGUCGGACGAGCACCUGUUCGGGACCAGCGAGGGCGUGUUCACCGCCAGGACGGUCAAGAGGGUGCCAGUCUUAGAGCAGAACCGAGCGGACCUCAUCAAGGCCAUCAAGGGCACGCCGUGGGAUAGGUGCACCCGGAGCCACAAGGUGGUGCUGCAGCAGCGGCAGCCCCAAGUCAGAGAGCAGCUCCAGCUGGGGGCGACGGUGCAGCUCCAGCUGGGGGCGACGGUGCAGCAAGAAUCGCUAGGCAUCAGGACGCCGACCGAGAAGAAGGCGAGGGUGGACGAGCUGGUCACGAUGGACGCGGAAGAGCACCAGGCGGACUUCGACGACGACGCCUACUUGCAAGAGAACAGGGACGAGUACCAGGGCGCCGACCCUGAUAUCGUGAAGGCCAUUCUCAAAGGAAAGGAGAAGAUGAAUGCGAUGGAGGAGUUCGACAUCUUCGACGUUGUUGAUAAGAUCCCUGAUAACGCAGAUCUUCUGUCCACGAGAUGGGAAAACGUACCAAGAGGCCCAGACGAGUGGAGAUGCAGAUGCGUUGCGAGAGAAUUCAAGAGCGACGAUCCUGACCUCGAAGGGCUGUUCAAGGCAGGAGCUACCAGCAGCACUGGAAGGCUCAUAGACCAGCACGCGGUGCAGCACGGUUACAACACGAUGGUCCUGGACGCCCAGAACGCGUACUUCCACGCCGACGAGGACGAGGAGGUGUACGUAGAUCCGCCAGUUGAGUGGGUCAAGCGGAACCACGCUCGCGGCGGCAAGAUCGGGAGGCCGUGGUGGAAGAUGAAGAAGCAGCUUUACGGGAAGCGCAAGGCCUCCAAGAAGUUCAACCAGUACGUGACGGACCAGACCAAGAUGCUCGGGAUCGAUCAGUGCCCCGAGCAGCCCAGCACCUUCAGAAGGCCAGGCUCAACACUGGUGUUCGAGGUGCAUCAGGACGACAUCUACUCGUCAGGGAGCGACACGGAGUUGAAGUGGCUGAAGGAGAACUUAGCGCCAGUACUCAAGCUCAAAGAGGCGAAUCUCAUGAAGGUUGGAUCAGUGUACUCAUAUCUCAGAGCGACGCGCACCGGAGUCGAUAAGCACACGAUCCACAUAGCGCCGAGGCCAAAGUACAUCGAAUACAUCUUGAGCGAGCUCGGGUUGACUGACUGCAAGGACGUGCCGACACCGAUGGUCAACGCGCGGAAGAGAGAGGACCUGGAGUUGCCAGUCGUGAGCCCAGUCGACAAGAGUCGCUGCGCGCUGAAGUUCGGCACGACGAACCCCAGGGAGUUCACGAAGGGCCAGAAUUGCCAGGCACUCUCCUCAGGAGAGAGCGAGUGCUACGCGGCAGUCACCACGGUGGCGGAGGACCUCCACAUGCAGAAGCUGAUGGAGCUUAUAGGGUUCCUAUUGGAGCUCAAGCUCAGGCUGGACUCGACGGCGGCUCGAGGCAUUAUAUCAAGGACUGGGUGUGGAGCGCUCAAGCACAUAGAGACGAGGCUGCUGUGGCUGCAAGCGAAGUACGACGAGAAGAAGCUCAAAGUUCACAAAGAGCCGACUGCUACCAACACGGCAGACGGCUACGCCAAGUCACUGCAGGCCACGAAGUUCGUGGAGUGGAGAGCGAGGCUUGGCAUGGGAUUCGGCAACGGAGACGAGCUCGAGACCAGCAAGCGUGAGGCGCUCAGUGGCGACAGCGGCCAGUGGGCAGGCAGAAACAAAGGACCGAGAGCGUUGUUGGUGGCAGCGGUGAUGCUCAGCACGACGAAGGCGGAGAACCAUGUAGCAGUGAUGGACAGCUACGAGGUGGCGAGUCCGACGACGGUGACACCAUGCACGACAUCACAGAUGAGUUGGGCCAUGCUGCUCAUGAUCAUGAUGAUCAGUCUAGUGGUUGGCUGCGUAAUGCACCACUACGCGGCGAAGAAGCUCACGGGGUUCCGCGGCGCUUCCCUUGAGGCCGUCGGGGAGGUGCGGACGAAGAAGCCCAAGCUGAAGGGCACGAGGCGGACCGUG